AUGUCGUUUAGCACCACUCUAAAGCGCAAUUCCAAGUUGGAUUUGAGCAAGUCUGACUUGAUUAAAUUGGUCUCUAUGCUGGAGGGAGAGCUGGAGGCGAUGCAGCUAAUGUUGUCCAUUGUCAGAUCAGAACAGAUCAAGCGGCUGCUGACUCCCUCAACGCUGAGUAAUCCAGGUUUCAAAGCUGUGAAAAACAUCAACUCCUGCAGCUCAAGCUCAUCGAUAGAUCUUAAUCCGCAGCAGACAAUUAAAUACUCGGCUGAUCCGCUCAGCGCUCUAUCUCGUGAUUCUUUUGCAGUAUACCAGCCUUCAUUUGAUUACAACACAACUUUAGCCAUCUUUAACCUCAAAGUUUACCAACUAGAAGACUUUAUUAAAAACCACAAAGUUAACCAGAAAGUAUUACAAAACGCACUUAAAGCAGCCGAAGAGCGAUAUGAAAAGAUCCUUGUCGACUUGGAAAUUGAAAGAACAAAAAACAACACCUUUCAGUCACAGUAUCAAGAGUAUGAUCGCCCUAAGCUAGAAGAGGAGAUUCAAAAGUUGAAGCAAGCGCUUGAAGAAACAAAGACGAGAGAAAAGCAGCUCAUUUAUCACUUGCUUGGGGAGCGGACUCAUCUAAUAGUGAAAUUGAUUGAGGAGAAGCACCAAAAUGAAGAGUUGCGACAGGUGCUUUCGCUGGAAAAGUCAAAAAUGUCCGAGCUGGUGCUGGGACUUGAGGGGGAAAGCGAGCGGAACCUGCAGCUUGAAUCGGAGCUAGAGAAGUACCUAAAUGACGCUGAAAAGGAGCGAAGCAGUUUUAAAGCUCAGCUGCAGCAAAGCGAGUCAAAGAAUGCCGAGCUUCAGAAGGAGAUUGACCAGCUGCGCGGCACGAUAGACGGACUAAAGGUGCAUCAGCCAGUGGGCGUCUCCAAGUCAGCGGACAGUGCCGUGGACAAGUGGAACAUUGGCGAGGGGGUGCGCUCGUCCAUUGUCAGCAUGCCGGUCAGCGCUAAGGUGCACUCACUUUCCUCGGUCAGUGCCGUUGCCCACCCCAAGGCGAGUCUUGCUCAGCCGGUGACAAAGAGUAUUCCCAGCACAAAUACCAUUCUUCCGCCGCCGUCGAUUCCCGCUCCUCAGCCGAAGCAAAGUCAAUCGAAUACGGCUACGAUGAAAAAGUUGGUUCCUCUGAGUGCUGUCGCCGCACCAGAGUCAGCGCCGACAGAUGCAACAGCUAAAACGGCAGCAGCGACAGCAGCAGCAGCAGAUGUGGGCAGCAAAAGUCCUGAAGGUCCGGUUGGAGAAAGGGGUCAAAAAGGCGAUAAGGGCCCUGAGGGACCUAGAGGAAGUCAUCAUGGCGCACAGGGCCCUAGAGGAUAUCCUGGCCUAGAUGGCUGUAACGGAACUGAUGGAGUUCCUGGAGUCAAAGGAAAUAGAGGCCAAGACGGAGCACCUGGCCCGAUUGGUCCUAGCGGGCCCAAAGGCCAGAAAGGAGAAAGCGCCAUUUCUAUAAGUGGACUUGCACUGAAAGGUCAAAAGGGUGAAGCCGGAGAAGAUGGUGGGUAUUGCCGAGACGGAGUACCUGGAGCUGAGGGCCCUAUUGGACCUAGAGGAUACCCCGGGAGUGCUGGUGUUAAAGGCGACAAAGGUGAUAGGGGCAUUUUAGGGCCUAAAGGCCUGAAUGGGAUCUGUUUGGACUCACAAAAAGGAGAAGUUGGUCCUAAAGGAGAGAAAGGAAAAAGUUGUGAGCCAAAUGCAUCAACUUUACCACCUGGAAUCAUUUACAUCAAAGGCCAAGCUGGCGAAAAAGGCGAUAAAGGUGAACUUGGCGCUACAGGAGAUCGUGGGUAUCCCGGAAGUAGUGGAAGUCCCGGAGAACCUGGAGAGGUUGGAAGAAAAGGCGAUAAAGGUUCUAAGGGCGAACCUGGCCGGAAAGGAGAACCAGGAAAAAGUAUUCAGGGCCCCAGAGGAAUGGAUGGAAUGCCUGGUUUAAGCGGGCGCCAUGGGGCUAAAGGAGACAAAGGAGAAAAAGGAGAGCGCGGAAUUCCUGGAGACUCUAAAGACGGAAUUGCUGGCCCACCAGGGCCUAGGGGUUUCAAAGGCGACAAGGGCUAUCCAGGCCUUGGAGGAAUACCUGGACUACCUGGAAGCAUUGGAGAGAAAGGCGACCCCGGAAGAAGUUGUACAGCUUGUAUACCUGGCUCUAAAGGCGAAAAGGGCGCUGGUGGCUAUGAUGGCGCCGUAGGAGACCAAGGUGAAAAGGGCGAAAGAGGACCUAUAGGCCCCCAAGGCCCGAGAGGAGAGGACGGAAUUCCGGGCAUUGGAUCGUUUCCUGGAGAAAAAGGUGAUCGAGGUUUUCCGGGUCGUGAUGGCCCGAAAGGUGACAAAGGUGAUGCGGCGUUUGUACCUAUUGACCUAGUGCGACCAGCGCCUGGCGAGAAAGGAGACCGCGGAAGUAAAGGCAUCAAAGGUGAACCUGGAAGAGACGCACGCCCAGGGCUUCAGGGUUUACCAGGACUAAUUGGCGUCAAAGGUAGCAAAGGAGAUAAAGGAUACCUUGGGUUUCCCGGAACUCCAGGUCCGAUGGGCCAACCGGGCCUUAUUGGUGCCCAGGGCGCCAAGGGCGACGCAGGAAUCGGUUUACCAGGAAUCCCAGGCGUACCUGGACCAGAAGGACCUCCCGGUAUUGAUGGUGAAGUCGGUGGUAGAGGACCAAAAGGCGAGCCCGGAAAUUGUAGCUUUGCAGGCGACAUAACACUGGUUCCCGGCCCCCCCGGAGAAAAGGGGGCCAAAGGCGAUAAAGGCCUUGUUGGCCCAAUUGGAAAUGUGGGCGCUAGAGGAUUUCCUGGAGAAGUUGGAAAAACUGGCGAUUUUGGUAUCAGUGGUCUUCCUGGACUUCAGGGAGCCAAAGGCGACAAAGGAGAUGCUCAAAUUGGGCGCCCAGGUUUAGCCGGACUUCCAGGUCUACCAGGAAAAGAAGGCGCUGUUGGCCCUCGAGCAAGGGACGGACUACCAGGGUUUCCGGGAAUUAAGGGUGAACGGGGAGAUUCUAUUAAGGGAAAUCGAGGUCCUGAAGGCCCUGCUGGGCCAAGAGGGCAGAAAGGAGAGAUGGGAAGUCCUGGGGCUCCUGCAAGGGACCCAAUGGAUGGCGUCCCUGGCCCAAGAGGCCAAAAAGGCGAUAGAGGAUUUCCUGGAGCUAGUGGGCUGCCCGGAAGAGAUGCUGAGAUAUCACAAAAGGGUCAAAAAGGUGAAAGUGGGCGUCCGGGUCUAAGUGGAUUACCUGGAAAAGAUGGUGUCGAUGGAAUGGUUGGAUUUCCUGGUCAAAAAGGUGAAAGAGGCGUUUCGUUGCCUCCUCUACUACCCGAAAAGGGACAAAAAGGAGAAAUUGGGCCUGUUGGAUUGCCUGGUAUUAACUGGGGAUCAUCAGAAAAAGGAGACAAAGGUGAACGCGGAUUUGAUGGCAGAGUUGGAGAAAAAGGCGACAGAGGUCUUGAUGGACUCCAGGGUCCCAGGGGCCUUAGUGGUAUACCUGGCCGUACCAUACAGGGUCUCCCUGGACUUCCUGGCCAAAAAGGUGAAAGAGGAUCUGAUGGGCGGCCUGGACUUGACUCUGAGAAAGGGGACAGAGGACUACCAGGCCUACCUGGAAGAGAUGGGCUCCCUGGAAUUAAAGGUGAUCGCGGGCGUGACGCCAUUGGGGCUGAAAAGGGCGCCAAGGGCGUUAAGGGUGAACCAGGCCCUAUGAACACCUUUCCUGGACCAAAAGGCGAAAGAGGCUAUGUUGGACUACCUGGGCUGCCGGGUGAAAAAGGUGACAGAGGUUACGACGGAGCAGUGGGAGUUCCCGGACUCCCGGGACCAGUGGGCUUAAUGGGAGAUAAAGGAGAAACAGGAGAAGAUGCCAAAUGCUGUGAAACAACUACGGACAAGGGAGAAAAGGGUGAUAGAGGGUUGCCAGGAGAAAUUGGAGCCAGAGGACCACCCGGAAUGCCUUCAUUACCUGGCGAAAAAGGCGAAAGAGGCGCAGAUGGGUUUCCGGGACGACAGGGCGUUCCCGGAAUACCCGGACGUAGCGUGCAAGGCCUACCUGGACUACCUGGACAAAAAGGUGAUAUUGGUCCACCCGGUCCACCCAGCCCGUAUAAAGGCAGAGACGGGCCACCGGGACUUCCCGGAAGAGACGGUCUACCUGGAAAAAUGGGCGAAAAAGGAGAUAAGGGGGCCAUCGGACCCCCCGGAAGAUCCUCUAUGCCUGGUUUACCUGGAGAAAAG